UUCACCCAUGAGAAAGAAUUAUAUGGUUAAAUGGAAACUAAAACAGUCAACAUUUUAAGUUUUUUAUCACUCAAUCUGUCUUUCUUCCAUUGGUUUCUUUAAUACAUUACAAUGACUGUCCUCAAAAUAGAGGUAGAUUUAUUCUUAUAAACCAUUUCAAAACACUGAUGGAAUUAGGCCUAUGCAAAAUACUAAACUGCUUUAAAGGAAUAUUCCAGGUUCAAUACAAGUUAAGCUCAGUUGACCGCAUUUGUGGCAUACUGUUGAUUACCACAAUAUUUUAUUUUAACUUGCCCCUCCUUUUCUUUAAAAUAAGGCAAAAAUCUGGUUCCAGUGUUACUUACAAUGGAAGUGAAUGGGGGCCAAUUCGUAAACAUUAAAAUACUCACUGUUUCUAAGUAUAGCCACAAGACAAACAAUAUGCAUGUUAACAUGAUUUUAGUGUUAUAAAAUCACCUUUUCUGUGUAAAGUUACAGCCAAUUUCACAACUUCAUUGCCAAGACGAUGUAAUGUCAACAAACCCUAAAAUGACUGUAAAAUGACUAUUUAAACAACUUUACAGCUCAAAUAAUACGUAACAGUUUUAACAGAAUUAUUAUUAUUAAUGUAAGUGGGUUUAUAAAAUUAUAAGCUUCACAUUUCUGCCUUUAAACCCUCCAAAAAUGCACCCCAUUCACUUCCAUUUUAAAUGCCUCACUGUAGCUUCGAUUUGUGCUUUUUUGAAACAAAAGGAAGGACGAGUUUAAAUUAAUUUUUGUUGUAAUCAACAGUAUGCCAAAAAUGCUAUCGAUUGAGCUUGUAUUGAAACCGGAAUAUUCCUUUUAUUUUCACAUUGUCAUUUAUUACUUCUUAUUAAAUAAAAUCAAAAUCAAAUCAAAUCUAUAUAGAAUACAGAAUACACAUUAUACAAUAAAAUAUUAUAUAUAGUAUAUAUAAAAUGUACAGUAGGUUGUAUUGUGCUGUAUUGACAUUCAGGCUGUCGGUUGAUAGUCAGUUGCCAGUGUGUUGUUAAGAGAGAAUAUAAUUUAAGACAGUCCAGUGUGAGAUAAUAAGAUGAAUAAAGUGCAGUGCUGAUAUAUAUUGAUCGUGAGAGAUCAAGAGUUCAGAAGUCUGAUUGCUUGGGGGAAGAAGCUAUCAUGUAGUCAGCUGGUGCGGGUCCUGAUGCUGCGAUAUCGCCUGCCUGAUGGUAGCAGUGAGAACAGCCCAUGACUCGGGUGGCUGGAGUCUCUGAUGGUCCUCCGAGCUUUUUUCACACACCGCCUGGUAUAUAUGUCCUGGAGGGAGGGAUGCUCACCUCCGAUGAUCUGUCUGGUAGUUCGCACCACCUUUUGCAGGGCUUUGCGGUUGAAGGUGGUGCUGUUGCUGUACCAGGUGGUGAUGCAGCCAGUCAGGAUGCUCUCUACAGUGCUGGUGUAGAACCGUGUGAGGAUGUGGAGGUUCAUUCCAAACUUCCUCAGCCGUCUCAGGAAGAAGAGGCGCUGAUGAGCCUUCUUCACAAUGGCCUCAGUGUGGACGGACAAUGUGAGUUCCUCAGUGAUGUGGACACCCAGGAACUUGAAGCUGCUGACUCUCUCCACCAGUGCUCCAUUGAUGGUGAUGAGAGGUUUUUUUUUGUUGUUUUUUUUUUUUCAGUGUGUUUAUUUUCACAUUGUCAUUUAUUACUUCUUAUUAUGCACAUACAUAGCCAUCUUAAAAAAAAAUAAAGGUGUUUAAAAGUAGUGAAGUAGAUUCCUAUUCACAGCAAACGAAAUCUACCGAAUUAGGCCAUUCAUGCAGAGAAUUGGUCCCGUUUCUGAGAUUAAUCGUGAAUUUUGGUUUAAUGGGUUGCGCUCAUGUGUUCCUCUAGAGGGCGCAGCAGAUCAAGGACAUGCACUCGAGGAAGUCUUUUUGUUUGAGCUUGUAUGUGAUCACGUGAUCGUCGGUGCAAACUCGGAUUGGUUACCCGCUUUCCCUUUCCAGAGUUUUCGCUCGUCUGCUAGUAGGUUUGUCAAAUUGUCGACAGUGCUAGACAAUUAAGGUUGUCGAUUUUUUCUCAAAUAUAAGCGCCAAUAUUGAGCAAAAAUACCUUCAUAUAAAUAUCUGUUGUAUCUUUAAAUUGUUUUCUAAAUCAUGACACAUUUAUGAACAGUUUUAGCACCGAGCCCAUAGGCUAUCACAUCCUGUGAGCCCUUACUAUUUUCAAUUUGCCUCCUGCUGGCCGUCGUGUUGAACCAAAGUCAUUUAGCAAGUCCUUCCACUUGGCGGCAAUCAUUGGAACGCUCUCGGGCAGGCUAGGCAGCUAUUUUAUAUGUAAACAAGCGGCGUACAAGUGCAGCUCCUACCUACUUGAAUACGGAAAGACCGAAAUCUCCACAAUGGUUGGUCAAUAAUAUGCUCAAAGAACAUAUUUUAAAUCAGCAGUAAAAUCCGACAACACUGGUAUCAUAAUUGUGGUUCUUUACCUCAGAUUACGCUAACAAAAACGCGAUUUCAACGGCUUGAAUAGCUAAUGCGCAUGCGCGUUCUCGAGUUGCUUGACAGGCGAUGUUAGUAUCUAAAAUGUGAUAGGCUCUUUUACCUGUAAGGCGGGACUUUCUUUCUACAUCCGUUGACAGUUGGGCGUUCCUAUUUCUCCAAUUCAUUAGAGAAUCCGUCUCUGCGUUGAACUGAGUGCAUUGAGUCGUUCAGAAGUCGGUACAGAGUGGGCAGGUUUGAGAUCUUCGCUAGUAGUGAAAGCAGAGUGGGUAGGCUAGUCGUUAAAGCGUUUCACUUCAGAACCCUCCUCUUCACUACGGCGCUUUUCGCCUGUUGUUCACGCGAGGCCCUUCUGAAGAACUCCGGUACGUCUUGUCUUCCUCUUCAUGGUCUUUCGAUGCUCCAAGACCAGUUUUAAAGGGAGCCCGGCCCUCUAUCGUUUCCAUUCUACUGGGGCUCGUACGUUUAUUGGAUUUUAUUUGUAUUCUUUUUUUUUAAAUAUAUAUAUAGUUUAACGUUAUAUCAACGGCUCCGGCCAUGGCAGCGAGCUCAAAGCGGAAACAGGAGGAAAAGCACCUGAAGAUACUGCGGGAAAUGACGAGUUUGGCGCCCAACCGACAGUGUUUCGAUUGCGACCAGCGCGGCCCGACCUACGCCAACAUGACCGUGGGCUCGUUCGUGUGCACGUCCUGCUCAGGCAUCCUACGAGGCCUCAAUCCCCCCCACAGGGUUAAGUCCAUCUCCAUGACGACCUUCACGCAACAGGAAAUAGAAUUUCUACAGAAGCAUGGAAAUGAGGUAUGUAAACAGAUAUGGCUCGGUCUCUAUGAAGACAGAAUCUUGGCCAUCCCAGACUUCAGAGAACCUCAGAAAGUCAAAGAGUUUCUUCAGGACAAAUAUGAGAAGAAGCGAUGGUAUGUUCCUCCAGAACAGGCUAAAACAGUGGCGUCAGUUCACGCGUCCAUCUCUGGUUCGUCUGCUAGCAGUACCAGUAGCACACCAGAGGUUCGACCACUCAAAACUUUACUGGGGGAGUCAGUGCCCAGUUUACACCUCAACAAAAACACACCCAGCCAGUCUCCAGUUGUGUCACGCACUCAGCUGACUCAACAGCAGUAUCAGGACAGGAAGUUCGAUCUGCUCAGCGAUCUGGGCGGCGACAUUUUCGCGCCACCACACUCGCAGUCCACAGGCAACGCAAACUUUGCUAACUUUGCACAUUUCAACAGUCAUUCGGCACAGAAUGCUAAUGCGAACGCAGACUUUGCGAAUUUCGAUGCAUUCAAAAGUUCUUCUUCUCCGACUGCAGCGACAUUUCAAUCAGCACCACAGGCCCCAUUUCAGCCCACACAAACAGGUAGCUCGUCAGGACUAGCUAACGCCAAUUUUGCGAACUUCGAUAACUUCCCCAAGUCGUGUAGUGCAGAUUUUGCCUCAUUUAGCUCAAACCAGAGUAACUCAGUGGGUGAGGGGCAUAAAGCGGAAGCAGCCAGUGUCCCUGCAGACAGAUACGCAGCCCUUGCAGACCUUGACAACAUGUUCAGCUCCACCAAAUCUGAGCCGAGUGCGAAUUCUGCCCCUCCAUCUGCAGGUGUGGGUCCACCCCCUCCACAGGCCACUGUGCUUGGCACCGACCGUUACGCUGCUUUAGGUCAACUGGAGAACAUCUUCAACACCUCAGCACCAAACAUCAGUGGCUACAACACUGCCACUACAGCACAAGGGUCUAUGUUUGGAUCCUCUACAGUGCCUCCAGCACAAACACAACAGGGUAUUCCCAGCAUGCCUCAGGGUUUUGCAGGCCUGUCAACCAAUCCAUUCGUCGCUCCCGUGGCUCCACAGGCCGCUCCCACUAACCCGUUCCAGACCAAUGGGAGAGCAGCAGCAGCAGGAAUGGGUGUGGCAGCUGCAGGCAUGUUAGGACCCCUGCAGGGUGAGGUUUACCCUGCGGCCCUCUUUGCUUCCUUUGGUCCACCAUCCAUGAGUAUGCCGACAGGAUUUGGAAACACUGCUGCUUACAAUCUUCCCACCAGCUUCAGUGGAAACUUCCAGCCGCCGUUCCCUGGACAGCCCUUCACCCAGCCCCACACGUAUCCACAACAACCCAACGGAGGUUUUGCUGCCUUUGGUCAGGGUAAGGUCACUCAGUUCGGCCAGAACAUGGCAGCGCCUGGAGUACCCAACAAUCCCUUCCUGGCAGGAGCACCUUCUGCUCAGUUUCCUGCAGGAGGAUCCUCUACAAACCCUUUCUUAUAGCACGCCAUUCUCCUCUGCUCCUCCAGGGGGCAACAUGCGACUCGUUCGCACCUCUUGCACUGUUUUGUUUCCCAAGUAGCUUUAAAAACAUAAUUUCUUAAAGUAGUUUUUUAUUGGAUUUUAAAAACAAAAGACUGAAAAAAACAGCAAAGGAAUAUAUAUAUAUAAAAAUCCUGUCUAUGGCAAUGUCCAUACAAACAGAAAACAAAACGUUGCGGGAGUGUGCGGAGAGAUGGGGCCUUUUUCUGUGCUCCUUUGUUGUUCCUGUGGACUGGCCUGGCGUGGAAAUCAUCUGCCCAAAGUGGCAGUUAACUAAGUUAUUGCAAACGUCUCAUUCAUAAUAAUGCUGCAAUCUUGUAUAUUAUUCAAUUUUGGGUCUUUGUGCAUAUCAGUAUUUGUAUCUUUAACACACACGCAUUCAUAUGCUGCAUAGAGUAUAUGGCGCUGACGUCAGUCAUGCUGUGAAUAACGUUUUACGUUAAACAACAAUGUGGAAUCCUUUUUACGCUUUUAAGUCUCAGAACAAGGCAAAGAAUAAACCUUUUUUUUUUUUUUUUUUUUUUUUUUUU